AUAUCAUAGUAUGUUCGAAAAACCCCGGACCGAAUAGGGUUAAAGUUGUGGAAUAUUUUAAAGGUAUUUGGGACAAAGUAUGUUUUUGAUUUAUUUUAUCAGGAUUUCCCAAGGGAUGGUACACAAUGCUAUCAAGCAAUUAAAGGCAGUUUGAAUCAAAUCAAGAAACGUGUGAAUCGUCAAGCAGUUUCGGUCCUUGGUAAAAAAAAUGAGGAAGUGGAUAUGGAAAACAUAGAUUUGUCAUUAGCUAUCACCAUUUUCAUAACUAUACAUAAAAAUCAUAAACACGUCAAGCCAUUGAAAAACAUAAAAGAAUUAAGAGACUAUCUCGCCCAUGAUUUAAAAGAAGAACCCGAAAAUAACAAAUGAAAUCUUUGAAAAAAAGUUUUCACAACUAAAGGAGGAUUUAAAAGAACUUGGUGCAAGCGCAGAAAUAAUCGAUGGAGAAAAAAAUAAAGUAUUCGGAAAGGAAGAAAUUAAAGAGCUGAGUGAUGAAAUAGACAAAAUACAAGAAAAAUUAAAGAGCAUUAAAAUAGGAGAUCAACAAGUUAAAGAAAUGUCUUCGAAAAUUUCAAAGCUCUCUGAUCAAAAUAAAACGCUUGCUAAAGAGUUUAUAAAGUACAUUAAGAGAGGAGAAAAUGCAAACAUAAAAGAAAUGGGCGCAGUAACAAUAAUUAAGAAAGAUGAAUUUCUUAUAUGGCCAAGAUGUACUGAUAUCGAGGACGACAAAACAUCAAGUCCAAUUCAACUUACAAAAAUAUACAUAGGGUAUCAAAAUAGCGUAGGUUGGGUUGCUGUUAAAAAAUGUCCCAAGGAUAAUAAAGCCAUCAAGGUAAUGAAGAAGUUCUGUUGGCCUUUUACAUUUCCAAACGUUUUGUAUAUUACAAAGAUUUUUACUGAAGAAAACAAAAGCUCCUGCUAUUUGGUGACAGAACUUUGUGACAAAACGCUGAAAGAUUACAUAAAAUCAGGAAUUGAGGAAAUGGAAAAAGUGGAAAUGGCGAUUACCUUGUUAAGAGCAAUGGAAUAUCUUCAUACUAAAGAAAUUGUGCACAGAGACAUCAAGCCCUCAAAUAUCCUUUUCACAAAUGGCGUCCUAAAGGUUGCAGACUUUGGAAUUAGCCGUCAAAUAAAUCCUGAUGCAACAUACAGAACGACUAAUGCAGGGACAUUAGAUUAUCAAGCACCUGAUCUUAUCGGCGAACAAGGCAAUGUUCUUGUUAAAUUUAAACAUGAUGUGUACAGCGUUUUGGUUAUCAUGUUUUAUAUAUUUACUGAUGGAGAACAUCCAUUUCACUUUGAUGUUGACCGAAGUUUGAAGAACAUAGAAAGAAAGAAAAGGAUCACAGACUUAGAUUUUCGCUACGAAAAGCCUAUAAAUAAGAAAAUAGAAAACCAAUUAAAGCAGUUCUUGUUACGCCAUGUUGCAUCACUUGUGAAGAAUGGCGAAGCCGUGACAUUGAAGGAAAUAAUCUCAUUUUUUCAAGAACAUACCAAAGCAAAUCCUUAUUGCACCACUUUAAUGAAGGAAUCUACAUCAGCAGUUUCAUAUAAGCGCUACGCUAUAUUACUAUACUUCACUACUGAAACUGAGCAAAAGAAACAUUUUCUAGAAACUGAAAAGAAUGUUAAAGAAAGAAAGUUCGAUGAAGCUACUUUAAAUGUAGUAUUUAGGGAAUCUGUGGCAGAAGGAGCAUUAUCCUCCCCAGUCGCCGAUGUAACGCUCAUGCGUAAUGCUCUUGAAAGAUGCGGAUUUGACGCGUCACGGACGAAAGAUGACGCCUCUGUAAACGAUUUAAAGGCCAUGAUAGAGGACAUCGCAGCAGGAAAUCAAAAUCAAACAAUAUGUAUCUUUCUUCACAUUUCAGGUCAUGGGUUUCAUUGUGAAGAAAACGAUGAUACUUUUAUAAUAUUCAAAGAGUCAGAAUUUUUGCAGUCAAUCAAAUUAUUCGCAUGAUCAUUACUACAAUUGGAGAUAAUAACCAGAUUAUUUUCACAAUAGAUGCAUGCAGGAAAAUAUCUUCCAUCGACCGACAAGAAUUGGACAAAAUCAACUUACCUCCCAAUGUAUGCAUUUUAUACAGCUGUGAAAAGGGUAAAGAUACUGCAGAUGCUGGUAUGUCAGCUAGCAUUAAAAGUAAAUUGUGUGAUGGUGCGAAUACAGUUCCAGCAAUUUUCUCGAAGGCAAUUUCAGAAAACAUCACGCGCGGAUUGAGCGUAGAUCGUUUGUUUGAAAGAGUGGAAUCUGUUAUGAGAAAUGAAGGUUCUUGCACCGUAGCACCUGAAAAGCAAGGCAAUAUCGAUUUUGUGUUUUAAACAGUAAGACGUCCACUUUUGUUGCAAGAAAGGGUAAACAGAAAAUAUGUUGUUUUUAAAUAAUUUGUUUUUUGUGUUUUGUCUUAUUGCAAGAGAGUUCGUUAGAAGUACGUAAUUAAUAUUUGGAAAGAAUUUUAAGAGAGACUUCGUUAGUUUGGUUUAUGAACAACUGAUGCCAAUGUAAUUAAUUUUCGUGUAGAAUUUAAAAUGUUUUUGUUUGAUUUUUUAAAUGUUGCCUUGUGAAAGGGUUAUGAUUUUUUGAAAGUAUUUUAAUUAGAUUUAGGUUUAUAACGAUUGAUUAUGAUUUGUGUUUGUGAAAAUGAUUCAAAAAGAAAGAACACGUUCAUUUUAUUUUUUCUAUUAUAACAGAAAAGAUUGACGAGUUUUUAACGUCAUUUAAUAAGAAUUAAAUUUAUUAAUUAAUUUCUUUCUGAAAGGGGAUUUCUUAUAUUUCUUUUUUUUCCCCACUAUUGCAGGAAAGGGCGAUGCAUUUUCUUUAAGUACGGUAAUUAUAUUUAGUUUUAUAACUUUUCCCCAUUAUUACAGGAAAGAACGAUGCAUUUUUUUUAACACGGUAAUUAGAAUUAGAUUUAUACCACGGCUUGCAAUGUAAUUAAUUUUUGUGAAGAAUUUAGAAAAAUUUAA